AUGGCCUUUCUGGGGACAUUGUGUGGAAACAACAACCUCACCCUCAACUCAGACUACACCAAGGAGUCAAAAAAGGAUAUGAGAAAGGAACCAGAGAAGGCACAAGAGCUAUGCAAUUUAAAGCAGGGUAGCGGCUUUGUGUGCGACUACGCCACCCGCUUCCGCAUGCUAGCAGCAGAAAGCGAGUGGGAAGACAUGGCCCUCUAUGAAGUCUUUCUGAAGGGACUCGGAGCUUCCAAUCAGGACCUCUUUGUUCCCUUAGACCUAAACGACGUCUAUGAAAAAUAUUGUCCAUCUGAGCAGCAGGAGGGGUCCUGCAGUAUGGAGCAGAAGAGGUCACAGCACCUCCACGUGAAGGAAGAGGAGCCACAGCCCCCUCACUUUAAAGAUGAAGAAAAACAGCGGCUGUCCCCCCACUUCAUAGAGGAAGACAAAAAAUAUCCCAUCAGUGUGAAGAGUGAAGAUGAUGAGGUAAAAGGGGAAAGUGAGGAGAGGGGAGGGGGGAAGCCUCCAAGCAGCAGCUCAACACAACACAUGACAACAGAAGCUGAUGGAGACCACUGUGGAGGAUCACAAGCAGACAAGCUCUUAGCUCCACUAUCAGAUAGUGAGGACACAACGUCACACUCUCCUGACACUGAUGAUGAAGACUCUAAAGAUGAUAAGACAUGUCACACUGACAACACUCACUUCACAUGUUCUCACUGUGACAAAACCUUUAAAUACCAUAGUAACCUGAAAAGACACAUGAUAACACAUACUGGGGAAAAACCUUUUACAUGUUCAGUCUGCAGUAAAGAUUUUGCUCAAAGGCAAUAUUUGAAAAUACACACGAGAAUACACACUGGAGAAAAACCUUUUUCAUGUUCAAUCUGCGGUAAAGCUUUUACUCAAAGGCAAUCUUUCAAUAGUCACAUGAGAAUACACACUGGAGAAAAACUUUUUUCCUGCUCAGAAUGUGGUAAAAGUUAUGUAAUAAAACAAAGUUUAAAAGAACACAUGAGAAUACACACUAGAGAAAAACCCUUUUCCUGCUCAGAAUGUGGUAAAAGUUUUGCAAUAAAUCAAAGUUUAAAAAGACACAUGAGAACACACACUGGUGAAAAACCUUUUUCAUGUUCAAUUUGCAGUAAAGAUUUUACUCAAAGGCCCCAUUUCAAAUCACACAUGAGAACACACUCUGGUGAAAAAAACAUACUCCUGUUCAAGCUGCCACAAAAGCUUUCGUCACUCAAAAUCUGUUACAGCACACAUGAGAACACACACAGGAGAGAAAGUGUUCAGUUGCAGUGUGUGUGGUGAAAGAUUCUCUUCUAAGUACCAGUGUAAGAAACACAAGUGUGCUGGUGGGAACAGCAGCAGCAAAUGAAACUGCAGGAUUUGAAAUAAACUGUCAAAACUUUAA